AUGUCAACAUUGAGCAAGCUGCAAUGCUACUGUCAUAUCUCAUAUCCUUCUGACGAUGAGAGAAAUUUCUACUAUUUCGGUCUCCCCAGUCAGCCCAAGCUUGUCGCAAGAAGCAACUCGCUAGUUGCGCCUUGGCAGUUCAGAAUCGAAGAUGAACAUUUCAACCUCGCCGACAAGAUCAAGGCUGGAGGAGUCGAACCGGGGUCUUUGACUUCAGAGAAGGGCCUUGAGAUUGCCAAUGGCUGCCAGGCUGAGCUGGUCAAGGCUGGCGUUAUCGAUGUCCACUGUGAGACUCGUUCGGCGAAUGUCACCUGCUCUGCUAUCCCCACAAAAGCACUCCACGAUUGCCACGUUGGAGGUGAGGACCAUCUUACCUUGACAUCGACAUUGGGGCAGAGUGUGGCUGCAGAGAAGACGAGAGGGCGGAAAGGCACCCUGACAUGCUUUCUGGGCCUGAUCAAAGAGAGAGGCCAGCAGAAAGUCAAGGCCGGCUUGAUGUCACGCCAUGUGGCUUUGAAGGGAGACUCUUGGCAAGACAACUACAAGGCUGGCACAGGAGCGCCUAAGCAAUAUGUCUUAAUGCCAGGGGAGACAUCGUUGGGCAAUGUCUGUGAACAAGUCAAAAAGACGAUACAGUUUUGGGAAAGCUAUGGGCAGAAUCCGAUAGAAAAACAACGAGUCAAGGACUUCAAUUCCUAUCUCAAAACGCUCAAGACACCUACUUCUCGAAGGCUUGGGCACAUUCUCUGGUCCCCUGCUCGGACACCCGAUAAUCCACAUGGCAGCCCCAACUUCUUGCCUGACUAUGCUCUUGUCAAGCUUGAUGCUACUCAGUUUGGAGAUAACUAUGACAACCUCACCAAUGUUGUCUACAUAGGCGAUAUUGGAAGGGCAACGUUGGGAAAGCUCAACCAUGGAUUUUUCGUCCGGGAGUCUCAAUUUAUCCCACCGAGAGACGGACUGCUGCAACUGGAACAUGUCACUCCUAUCGACGAAAUCAAGUACCCAACGUCCAAAGAUGAGCUCAUUGACGAAUUCCAACUGAGAGUAGGAAAACGUGGAAGGUCUACGGGGCUGACCUAG